CGUAAGGCCCACUUUCGGCCCAACCCCAAGUCACAACAAGGUCUUCUUCCUCUUCUUCUGCUACAGCUUCUAUCUCUCUUCUUCAUCGUCAUCGCGCACUUUCUCUCUCCAACAUUCUCUCUUUUUAUCUCUCCCACUCUCUUUUUUUCUCUCUCAGAAUUUUCUUCUCUCUCCGAUUCCUCUUAUUAAUUCCAUUUUUCUCGUUCUUCUUCUCUUCCCUGAAAACACCUCCUCGUAGUAUUGAUGUCGGAAAAGGGUCGGCCACUACCAAAAUUUGGCGAAUGGGAUGUCAAUGAUCCAGCCUCAGCUGAGGGGUUCACAGUGAUAUUUAAUAAGGCAAGGGAUGAAAAAAAGACAGGUGGCAAUCCUGAGUCACCAGCAAAGACUGCCGCUGAUCCUCACAGCAAACCUGCAGUAGAUCCUGGGAAAACUCAGACUAAAAAAUGGUUUUGCUGCAUGCAACCUUCUGCCGAAUGACAGAUAGCAAUGGUUGCUCCUUUGAAAAGCCUGAACAGGAACAAUGUUUAUGUGUAACUAGCUUCACAGUAUUUUCUCAAAGAUAAGGGCUGUAGAGCCAUGAGCGAAUUCUACGGAAUUUAUAUUAUGUGCUGUAAAAGUGAGCUGCAAUGGGGUAAAGGGAAGGAGACAAACUAUUAUUUGUGUGUGUAUCAGUGUUGUGGUUUAUUAUUAGGAGCUGGGGUUGCUUCCUGUUUUGCCUUGUCUUGCGCUAUGAGCUAGAGCGUUGCUUGUCACAUUGUAUUGCUUGUAUUAUCAAACAAAUCCUAUUUUAUGAACUCAUUUUAUUCCCCUUUGA